AUCGAGUCAUCUGGCUUGCAAUUGCCCUCACAGUUUACAAUUCUUUUCAUUCUAAUCUAAUCGGAAACAAGAAAAAAAAAAAAAAAGAACCUAAAAUUUAAAAUCCUCAGCGCGAUUUGUUUCGACCCACGGGGUUUGUCUCUCUAUUAUUAUCGCGAAAAUAGUCAGCGGCGGGUUCAUCAUUCCCUUUUGACUCAACCCAGUCCCCGUUUCUCCACCUUCGAUCUUCCUUCGCCCUUCUUUCCCCUCCCUCUUCCCCUUCCUCCAGUCGUUGUGCGGUGGAUUUUCGCUUUCGGGUUGCUCCCUGUCUCUUUCACCUUUUGGUCCUACUGUCUUGUUCGGUGACACAAUGGCGAGCGUCAAGGAUACCGUGAAGGAAACGCUGGUCGGCAGCAGAGAGGUGCCAGAGCUGUCGCAUCAGGCCCGCUCGAACUUCUUGCGCCACGCGCAGAAGGAUGAACAUGGCGAGUUGUUCAUGACCGAGGAUGAUUUCAUUAAUGCGGUUGCUCCUAAAUAUGAAGACUAUCACAAAAUCAAGCGCGAGCAAUACGGCAUCCUCUUCCGAGUGGCAGACCGACGGAGAUCCGGCAAGCUGAGCCUGUCCGAUUGGGCUACCUUCGAGAACCUCCUUACGAAGCCCGAUGCAGAGUACGAGAUUGCGUUCCGCCUGUUCGACCUCGAUGGCAGCGGUACCGUCAAAUGGGAGACCGUGAAAGGACUGUAUAACCUGAACAAGAGUGCCGACAGCAUCCCCUUCGACUGGAACUCAGAAUGGGCCUCCCUGUACACCGGCCGCACCAAGUCCCGCCACGAUAUGACCUACCCUCAAUUCUCGCAGAUGCUGCGCGGCCUGCAGGGCGAGCGCAUCCGUCAGGCCUUCCAUAUUUUCGACAAGGAUGGAGACGGCUACAUUGAGCCCGAGGACUUCCAGCGCAUCAUCCUGGAGACCUCCCAGCACAAGCUCUCCGACCACCUGCUUGAGAACCUGCCCACCCUGUGCAACAUCUCGACCAGCAAAAAGAUCUCCUACGCCACCGUCCGCGCUUUCCAGAACAUCAUGCGUGAGAUGGACAUUAUUGACUUGAUCGUCCGUGAGGCCACCCUCAAGAGCACCGACGGCAAGAUCACCCGCUCCGACUUUUUGAACGAGGCCGCCCGCGUCACCCGCUUCUCCCUGUUCACCCCCAUGGAGGCGGAUAUUCUCUUCCACUUUGCUGGUCUGGAUGCACCCUCCGGCCGUCUGUCUCAGAAGGACUUUGCCAAGGUCAUUGACGCCUCAUGGCGUAUCCCUGUCGCAGUGGCGGGUCAGGCGGCAGAGGCGGCAGUGACCAAGACCAAGAGUUUCCUGCACGGCCUGUUGGAGUCGGCGCAUCACUUUGCUCUGGGUAGUUUGGCCGGUGCUUUCGGGGCCUUUAUGGUGUACCCUAUUGAUCUGGUCAAGACCCGCAUGCAGAACCAGCGGUCCAAUCGCCCCGGUGAACGCCUCUACAACAACUCCCUCGACUGCGCGAGGAAGGUUAUCCGGAAUGAGGGUUUCCUUGGCCUGUACUCGGGUGUCAUCCCACAGCUGAUCGGUGUCGCCCCGGAGAAGGCUAUCAAGCUGACCGUCAACGAUCUUGUUCGUGGCACCUUCACGGACAAGGACACUGGCAAGAUCUGGUAUGCUCAUGAGAUUCUCGCUGGUGGUACUGCCGGUGCCUGUCAAGUGGUCUUCACCAACCCUCUGGAGAUCGUCAAGAUCCGUCUGCAGGUCCAGGGUGAGAUUGCCAAGAACGUCGAGGGUGCUCCUCGCCGCUCUGCCCUCUGGAUCGUGAAGAACCUCGGUCUUGUGGGUCUGUACAAGGGUGCCAGUGCCUGUCUGCUGCGCGAUGUGCCCUUCUCGGCCAUCUACUUCCCUACAUACGCCCACCUGAAGUCCGACUUCUUCGGCGAAACCGCCACCAACAAGCUGGGCGUCGUUCAACUCCUGACUGCCGGUGCCAUCGCCGGUAUGCCCGCCGCCUACCUCACCACCCCGUGCGACGUGAUCAAGACCCGUCUACAGGUCGAAGCCCGCAAGGGAGACACGAAAUACCACGGCCUGCGCCACUGCGCCACAACGGUGUGGAAGGAGGAGGGUCUCAAGGCCUUCUUCAAGGGUGGUCCAGCCCGAAUCCUGCGUUCCUCGCCGCAGUUCGGUUUCACCCUCGCCGCCUACGAAGUCCUCCAAAAGAUGCUCCCCAUGCCCGGUGCCGAACACGAAGUCUCCCCCACUGGCCAGGUCGAGCCCGGUGUCGGUCUCCAGGGUGCCAAGGCUCCUCUGCCGUACCUCCGCUCAAGGAACGCGCUCAAGCUCAUUCUGGAUGUGGAUCAGAACAUCGGCCGAGUGCAGGUCCCUCGCGUCGAGAACUGGCCCAAAAUCAUGCAGGGUUCCAAGCAGUAAUUGUGCCCUCCCUGUCUUUAGUUACAUAGCGAUAUGAUGUUCAAAUUUGCGGGGUUGCGUGCCUUGAUUUUUCUUUUAGACCACUUUCGUGUGUCUCGUCUCCAUCCAUUUAGCAUCAAUGUUUCUUCCUUGUUUUAUGUUCUUACUCGGGGGUUUUCUUAUGUUUCCUCUUUUUUCUCACGGCCUGUUCAUCUUGUGGAGGUUGUUCAUGCCUCUCGCAUGGCUCCUCCAAUUUUUUCAUUUCUUUUCUCAUUGAAUUCUUCUGUGCCAAAGAGAACUUUGGGGGACGAGCCGUGUUCGGCUUGGGUGUUUCUGACAGAUCCUACCUACCCAACUGCAUGACUCAUCUCUCUCUUCCCCCGCGCGGGUGGGCCGGGGGUUGCACUGUAUUGUAUCAAAAAGGCUAGAUUCUGGGAAUAAAGGAGGUGGAAGGCUAUAUAUAGAUGGGGGUCGGCUGGGUUCCCUGGUUGCGUGGGGGGAAGUGUGAUGCUCGGUCUCGGUUCUUUGAUCGUUGUGUACAGUGCUUGGGCCCUGAUAAGGGUCUGGGUUUCUGUAUUGUACUUAGAUCUAGAAGGAUAGAAUUGGAUUUUCCCGUUCAAAGAUUAUCUUGAUGGGUGAUGCGGAAUAUGCAGUGCCGCCUAGGAGAUUGUGGAGUGCAGAUGAAUGUAUAAAAGUGGUAGGUCGUAAGCUG